CGAACUGCUACCCCCUCGCCUCGCCCUCGCCGCCUGCUCCUCUCCAGUUCUCCCCCACCAACCGCAGCAGCGAGAGCGAGACUGAGAAUGGCCGCGGCGCCGUCGUCCCUCGUGUCCUCCCAUCUCUCCCGCCUCGCCGACCUCCGCCGCGCGGCGGCGCCGGCCACUCCCACCGUCCCACAGCAGCUUCGCGUCGGCUUCUCGCGCCGCCGCGCCCAGCGCGUCGUCGCCAUGGCUGGAUCCGGCAAGUUCUUCGUCGGAGGCAACUGGAAGUGCAACGGAACAAAGGACUCCGUUAGCAAGCUUGUCUCUGAACUGAAUGCUGCUACCCUCGAAACUGAUGUAGAUGUUGUGGUGGCUCCUCCAUUCAUCUAUAUCGAUCAGGUCAAGAAUUCACUAACGGGUCGCAUUGAGGUUUCUGCUCAGAAUGUGUGGAUUGGAAAAGGAGGAGCCUACACCGGAGAGAUCAGUGCAGAACAACUGGUGGACAUCGGUUGUCAAUGGGUUAUUCUUGGACACUCAGAGCGUAGACAUAUUAUUGGUGAAAAUGACGAGUUUAUUGGGAAGAAGGCUGCAUAUGCAUUGAGCCAAAAUGUUAAGGUUAUUGCCUGCAUAGGAGAGCUUCUGGAAGAGAGGGAAGCAGGGAAAACUUUUGAAGUAUGUUUUGAGCAGAUGAAGGCUUUUGCAGAUAGUAUUUCAAACUGGGCCGAUGUUGUGAUUGCAUAUGAGCCUGUUUGGGCUAUUGGAACCGGAAAAGUUGCUACUCCUGAGCAAGCCCAGGAAGUUCAUGCUGCUGUACGCGAUUGGUUGACGACCAACAUAUCACCUGAUGUUGCCUCUAGCACCCGAAUAAUCUAUGGAGGUUCUGUGAAUGCAGCCAACUGUGCAGAGCUAGCAAAGAAAGAGGAUAUCGAUGGUUUUCUUGUUGGUGGUGCCUCCUUGAAGGCCCCGGACUUCGCCACCAUUAUCAACUCAGUGACCGCCAAGAAAGUUGCAGCCUGAUGGACCACCCUGUGAAGAAAUAAGAGGCCAUCACCGUGUCGCCUCAUCUGCCACGCCUUAAAGCCUGUAGGAGGCGUCACCUCCUGUUUUUGCUGAUUUGCAGCACGGGGACAGAAAAUAAUGUUUUGCUCUCGUGGAUCUGCACGUGACGAGGAGAGUUCAGUUGUCGUGAGCGAUGUACGUUGGGAAUAUUGUUAUGUGGUCCUUUUCUAAAGAAAAAAAAAUGUUGACAGUCAAGGAGAAAUGUAAGCGUGUUUUUUUUUAACAGAGAAGCUACAUCUUACUGUGACUGUGAGUGUUCCAUCACUCGAUUCUUUCCUUUU